CAGCAGGCGACACCGGCCGGCGACAGAGCCCGAUCAUCGAGUGAGACAUGACCUCAAGCGUGUCUUCGCUGUAUAGACAGACCCUGCGAGCGUUCCGUAGAUCUAGCAUUCACGCCUCGAGACAAGAUCGAAGCGCCUCAGUAAGCUUGUACCUCCGGCAAUGGUUCCAAGAGGCAGCGCAGAGGAACAGCGAUGCAAGCACAGACGCUCCGGGUACGCUGCGGCGGCAAGUCGACAACAUGACCACAUUUCUCAGCAGCAAUCGAAAAUACAAUGAGCUCGUCAAGCGAUACAACUCUCAGUGGGAUCUACCCGAUGAGGAGCGACUGAGGCUCACUGCCAACCGCGUCGGGCUUCAGAUGCCGGCUGAGGAUCCCGAGAGCAGAGAACUGCCGACGGGCCAGACACAAGCAGCUGCAGCCAACCUGCCCGUCAACGAUGCUGCCUCUGCUCGCUCUCGCUGAUCGUGUGGACCAGCAUCUUCUUGUUGUACUCAUUUGGACGCAUCUCUACCAGUGCAGCCGUGAGGCUCUUGCUGUGCCUUGCCGUG